AUGUUUGUCUACCUCAGGUGUCGGCAACCUACGGCACGCGUACCGCACCUAUCCUCUUCUGCCUCACCUGCUAUCCUCUUCCGCAUCUCCUGCUAUCCUCUUCCGCAUCUCCUGCUAUCCUUUUCCGCCUCACCGGCUAUCCUCUUCUGCCUCACCUGCUAUCCUCUUCCGCAUCUCCUGCUAUCCUCUUCCACCUUUCCUGCUAUCCUCUUCCGCCUCACCGGCUAUCCUCUUCUGCCUCAACUGCUAUCCUCUUCCACAUCUCCUGCCAUCCUCUUCCACCUCUCCUGCUAUCCUCUUCCGCCUCUUCAGCUAUCCUCUUCUGCCUCACCUGCUAUCCUCUUCCGCAUCUCCUGCUAUCCUCUUCCACAUCUCCUGCUAUCCUCUUCCGCCUCACCGGCUAUCCUCUUCCGCCUCACCAGCUAUCCUCUUCCACAUCUCCUGCUAUCCUCUUCCACCUCUCCUGCUAUCCUCUUCCGCCUCACUGGCUAUCCCUCUUCUGCCUCUUCUAUCCUCUUCCACCUCUCCUGCUAUCCUCUUCCACAUCACAUGCUAUCCUCUUCCGCCUCUCCAGCUAUCCUCUUCCACCUCUCCUGCUAUCCUCUUCCACAUCUCAUGCUAUCCUCUUCCACCUCUCCUGCUAUCCUCUUCCACAUCACAUGCUAUCCUCUUCCGCCUCUCCAGCUAUCCUCUUCCGCCUCUCAAGCUAUCCUCUUCCAUCAUCACCUCUGCCUUCUCACCGGCUAUCCUCUUCUGCCUCACCUGCUAUCCUCUUCUGCAUCUCUUGCUAUCCUCUUCCGCCUCACCUCUCCCGCCUCUUCUGCUGUCCUCUUCCGUAUCACCGGCUAUCCUCUUUCACAUCACCGGCUAACCUCUUACAACUUACCUGCUAGCCUCUUCUGCCUCACCUGCUAUCCUCUUCCGCCUCACCGGCAAUCCACUUCUGCAUCACCUGCUAGCCUCUGCUACCUCACCAGCUCUCCUCUUCUGCCUCAUCAGCUAUCCUCUUCCGCCUCACCUGUUACCAUUUUCCGCCUCACCAGCUAUUUCCUGUUACCCUCUUCAGCCUCAAGUCUUUUCUUCCAUCUGCUAUCCUCUUUGUCCAUCAUAUCCUCUUCCGCCUCACCUGCUUUCUGUUGGAAGUCUUUUCUUGAUAUUGUCCGUUGA